AUGACUGCUCUGCCUACUGUUAUCAUAGAUAUAAAGGAGAAUGUUACUAGUUGGCUAGAAACUUCCAAGACAUAUGGUUCUAAUGGCCAACAAGUUAUGCUAGAAAAGAUUGAGGAUCCUCAAGGUUCUGGCUUCUUUAAGUUCAAACAUACCAAAAAUGGCAUUCGAAGUGGAACUCCUUUUACAGUUAAGGAAGUUAAGUAUGAUGACAAAACCAUAAAUCAUUCUCAAUUGCAAUUUAACGAUGAUAGUUAUAUUGAGUAUAUUGCAAUAUGGUAUUGGUUCGGAGACCCUAAUCACAACAAGCCUAUUCUCAUAGAAAUUGGGGAGAAGGGUGGUACUUAUAGAUAUUAUGCAACUAAUGGGAGUGCUACUAGUUGGAUUCCACAUGAUAAAGGCUCUAAAUCUCAACUUCAACCAGAAGAACUUGAGCAGUUACUAGAUGAUCUUAAUUGCCAGUAUUACAAAUUAGUCACCAUUGAUAUAACCCACAAUAAAUAUAAGAUAGGAAGUAAAUAUUGUUGCACCUACCAUAAUCCUAAAGGUCAAGAGAAGGUAACUGUUACUAGAGGAUCAGUUAAUGCUCCUAGUAGGGGUGACAAAGAUAUUCCAUACUACAACCACAGUAUUGCUGAUCCUAGUUUUAAACUAGCCAAGAUUAAGUAUAAAGAGAAUCUUAUACAUUCUAAGGUCAAGCAUGAAGUUUACAGUAUUCCAGUUUCUGUUUCUAAUGUAAAAGGUGUCUAUGCGUUCUAUUCUUCGAAGAGACGGCCAAUGUUGAUAUAUAUCGAAGGCGGAGAUUCUACUGUUAAUAAUAAGUGGUUCCAGAAGAAAGGUAGUAAUAAACAUAGAUGGGAAGAUGCCUCUGUUGAAAUAAAAAGUAUAAAACCAGAAAACUCAACUAGUCCUAUAGAAUAUGGGCAAUAUAAUGCACUUUUAGAGGUACUAAGUGAAUUUCCCGGAUGUGGCUAUGGACAAUGUGAUAUCGGUUCUGGUAAAUACUCAUAUGAACAAGAUAUUAACGAUUCUAUUUCGGAUUUUGGUGCUAUUGAUAGUGCUGGAGAAGUUGGAGGUGGAUCUGGCAAAAAACUACUGGAUAUUUUUGGUCCUCUUAUCAGGCUUGGAUUAAAUGGAUCAACUCUUGCUGAUAAAGUUGGACUGUACGCCGCUGGGGAGAUUAUCGGAAAGGCACUUGGACUGACUAAAAAUACUCAACUUUUAUCUGCCGUUUUAUCUCUAGCAGAAGGUAUUCAUACUCCACCUCCUCGACAAAGUACUCCUGGACUUAUUAAACCUGUUGGAGGCGGUACAAAAGGUCUAAAUCCUGAUUCUCCUUCUGAAGAUCUUGAACCUCCUAAAGCUGCUCUUUCUCAAGCCCCAGACCUUCCUCCUAAUCCUCAACCUUAUCUUUGGUUCCUUCCUGCUACUGGCUUAGCUGCAUAUGGCAUAUAUGGCGGUGCUUUUGCCGGAACUGGUACUCUUACUGGACUUGGUUGGUGGAUAUAUAAACGUUCUAAAGGAGAUCCCUGGGUACGACAAAUUUAG